AUGAAGCUCUUUUCAAACUCUGCCGUGCCAUGGCUUGCGAUCGUUUGUUUAGGUCUCGGUCAGAUGCGUGUCGCUUGGGCACAGCCUCGUUGGAGUGUCCGGGAACCCGUUGAGGAGGAUCUUCAGAAAUGGCCCGGGUGCAAAAAUACUCCGGACUUUGAGCGGUGGCUGCAGAGCUUCCACUCCGUCAAGCAACCGUGGCAGCUUGCCUCUUCUGACAUGGAAUCCGACGAGAGCUGCGUCAGGAUCCACGACAUUGUUGAGCUCCUGUUGCGGUCGCCACGUGAGCCAUCUAUCCUGCCCCUGGCAGAACUGUGCCACAAGCCCAUGCACCAACGCGGAAAUACAGGUCUGGAGGACCCGACUGGUUCAUAUUGCCAUGACCCGGAGUUCGAGACAAUGCGCGAAGAUCGUUGGAAUGCAGCUUGUCCGCUGGUGCCUGGCAUUGCAGCGGACGGUGCCCUUAAUCCUUGUGGAGUUCGUUACAGAAUGUUGGAUGGCCGCCAUCGGAUAUGUAAGCUCAAGAUGGACUCAAUGAUGAAAGUGACACAUGUUCCUUUCUUCAUCCUCAAUAAAACGGAGAUCUUGUCACUAGUAACAAACAACUGCGAUCUCGAUGAUGAUGAUGACGAUUUUCCAACCCGGUUAAACUGGCAAGACUUUGAAAUUGCCUGGCAGGGUACCGUAUCCGACAGAAAAGUCGACCCUGCAGUGUUGCAUUUCGUCCGAGCCAGUCAGCCGAAGGUGCUGCAGGAAAGAGCUGUGGAGGAGCUCUAG